AUGAGAGCAUUAAGGUACGCCAGAAACAUCCGGUCUACCUCGAGAUGGCUUUGCUUUUGUGCACCAAACACUUACGCGAGACAUUUCGGGGUUACCAGACCUAUGCACUUUGAGGCAAAUCUUAAUUCAUCUUUUUAUGCGUGUGGCAAUUCAGAUGACUGGGAUCCAUUUGAAGCUGCUCCGGUCUUGCCGGAGGCCAAUACACACACUUUUGAAAACGCCGAAUCACCUAACGUUCAAAGCUUUUCCGCUACUCAACCCUCGGAGGCAGUCCCCAGAGAGUUUACGUCUGAUGUUUCUGUAAUUGAUGCAAGUGGAAACAAAGUUCAGGUGACACCUAUUCAGCAUUUUUCCGAACUUACUCAUACACCGGAUUGGUUAAUAAAGGGGCUUAAUGAUUUGGCUUAUCCAAGGGUAACCCUUAUUCAAGGCUACACCAUCCCAAUCCUCGAUCAAGGUCACGAUCUUAUUGGCUUGGCUCCAACUGGAUCUGGUAAAACAGUGGCCUUUGCUGUUCCGGCAUUGAAGCGUUUUAAGCCUAGUCCAGAUGGAUUUCCAACAAUAUUAGUUUUGGCCCCGACUAGGGAACUUGUGCAACAAACGGCAAAGGUUUUUUCUCAGUUGAGCUCUGGGAUUGUUCGUGUGUGUGAGGCUUAUGGAGGAGCCCCACGAGAAAUACAGGCCAGACGGUUACAGAACGGAUGCGACGUGCUUAUAGCGUGUCCAGGGCGCUUAAGGGAUUUUUUACGGAAUGGAGAUGUAACACUUGAACACAUGUCUUUUUUGGUUUUUGAUGAGGCGGAUCGACUUCUUGAUAUGGGAUUCAAGAUUCAGCUUGAUGAAAUAUUGAGUUACGCCGACCCAUCACGUCCUCUUCAGACAAUGAUGUGGUCAGCCACCUGGCCAAUAGGAGUUGAGGAAUUGGCGCGUGAGUACCUUUCACAAGACCGAUACACCAUCCGAGCAGGUACAGCUGGUAUGGGUUUGCAGGUGAAUGAAAAUAUUAAGCAGCAUAUACUAUUUGUCGACCGUCAUCAGGAACGGAUGGAGACUCUUGUUUCACUUAUUCAAAAUGGAACCAUUGAUGAAAAUACGGCAAAGAUGAUGAUUUUUGUAGAACGUCAAACUGAUACGGAAAAUGCGGCUUAUCUGCUUGCAAAAAUGUUGGGUAUACACAUCAGAAACAUUGGCAUGAUUCACGGUGGGAUGCAGCAACGGCAACGGGACUACAUCAUGAACGGAUUUAAACAUAGUCAAACCCGUAUACUUGUGGCGACUGAUGUUGCAUCGCGCGGUAUCGAUUUUCCUGACGUGACAUGUGUUGUCAACUUUAUUGCGCCAAAAAGCAUUGAUAGGUAUUGCCAUCGAAUAGGGCGUACAGGAAGAGCUGGCCGCACAGGAGAUUCUUUCACAUUUAUUGGUCACUCUGACGGCUGCUUGGCAAAAGAUCUUGUGUGUUACUUGAAAAAAUGUGGGAUGGAGGUUCCGCAAAAACUCGUAGAUAUUGCUGAGAAAUACGUUCAAUAUGAAGAGCAACGUCAUUUGAGGCGUUCGUGGAGUGGACGAUCUGGACGAGGUUUCAAACGUCAGAAGCAAGAUAGCCCUGCGUCUUAUCAGAGUAGCAGCUGGUAA